UUUCUACAGUUACUUCGAUAAAAAUGCCCUUUAAUAGUACAAUCACCUGCAAUAAUGUCUAAUUUCAGAACCGUCAAAUUUUCUUUCAUUAAUUAGGAAUGUUCGAAUAGUUCUUCAGAUGUUUUGCAUAGAACUUUAUGUAUGAAUCCGACAACCUGCUAUUUAUAUCUCAAGCAUUGAGAGAAAAGCUUAGAGUUAUUGCAUUUCAGCUCAAAGGAGAAGUGCCGACUUUCAAGAGCUGCUAAUGUUUGUAAAGUAUAUUUUGAAGAACAAAGUUUGUUAAACUGGCAGCUUGUGGCAGAAGGACGAGUGCUAUAACCAGCUUAUUAAUCAAGCUGAAAUCACCUUGUUUCUUGACAUAAAAACUAAGUUGGUUUAGAAAUUAAAAAAGUUAUCAUGUGGAGAGAAAUUUCUGGUCAAGACAAGAGAUAAUUUGCACAACAUGGAAGACUGUCUGUCGUCUAAGUCAAUGAUAUCAUCAUAACAAUGGUCCUAGGCCACUUGAUAUGCAAAACCAAAUCAAAUUGACAUUGAAUGAAUUUGCAAAGGUGCUUCUAUGUUAUUUUUAUGAAAAGAUUGAAACAGAGCAGGUAGUUUGAAGUCGUAUUUCAGACAAUGGCCUAUACAUUGUAGCAAUUUAACGGUUGUCUACCAGUUAGUCAUUUUUAACAACGACUGCAUUUUGACACAAGAGAUCAUAAUCUUACUGGAACGGCUUACCUCUUGUAUAUGGAUUCGGAUUUCAAAAAUGGCUCAGUGCAAUAGUAUUACCUUUUGAGCAUUUACACUUUCGGAUUCUCUCAAUGGGGAAUCUUUUCAGUGUUUCUAAGGCAUUGGAAAUUACUGGUUUUCAUGAUGUCACGGUGGAAGAAGAUCCAGACAAAGCCUUGCAAUUGCAAAUAUCGCGAGAAAAUAUCGAGAUGGGAAAUUUCAAGGAUAUUCAAGCUGACCAACUGUUUUUCAGAGAUGGGGUCAAGAGAAUCGAUUACGUCUUGGCCUAUCAGAAGCUCCCAUUGGGAGACCCAAACAGAGUCAAAGGGGAGGAGAGAAGAAAGGAGUUCGAGAAGAAUCUCAAGAGAGCUGGACUUGAGUUAGAAUAUGAGGAUAACACGGCUUCCUCAGAUGGCAUGACGUAUUUUGUCAAAGUGCAUGCCCCAAUGGCUUCUUUAUACAAAGGGGCAGAGUUGAUGCACAUGAAGAUGCCAAUCAAGAAAAAUGAUUUAAUUGCUGAAACAUUUGCUGACGAGGUUUACAAAAAGAUCUGUUGUUGCAAAAAUCCGUUUGCCUUGGCUUCAGAUGACAUUCCGGAGGAAGAGAAUUAUUUCACGUGUCCUUUCCAUCGCAGCAAGAUGGAAGAGUUCCAUGGCCACGCCAGCCCUGACUUCUUCACCAAUGCGCAAAGGAGCAUAAUUGUUCACAGAUAUCUGAUGAAAUGCAAAUAUGGAAUAGACAAGCUGCAUCUAGGUGUUAAUCGUAUGGUAUCAAAAGGUCACUACACGGCAGCCUAUCCCCUUCACGAGGGAAACCACAAGUUUGAGCAUUCAUUGCUGACACACAAACCAACUAACGACCGUCAGCUACUGUAUUAUCACUGGGCUAGAUUCACCAGCAUCUGUAAAGAGCAACCUCUGGAUCUUAUCAGGAAAUACUUUGGAGAGAAAAUUGGUCUGUACUUUUCCUGGCUAGGGUUUUACACGCUCAUGCUGAUCCCUGCUGCAAUUCUCGGAGUGAUUUCAAUUAUCUACGGGAUGGCUACUAUGAAUGAUUUUGCCACUGUGAAGGAUAUCUGUGGAGCGAACAAUACAGUGUUCUUGAUGUGUCCCAGAUGUGACGUAAGCAAAUGUCCCGUGUGGAAUCUCAGUGAUAGCUGUAAAUACUCGAUGGUUGCCUACGUGCUUGAUAAUCCUUUCACUGUGGUGUUUGCAAUCUUCAUGUCAUUUUGGGCAACAUGCUUCCUAGAAUUUUGGAAGCGGAAGCAAGCUGAGAUAUCAUAUGACUGGGAUCUCAUUGGGUUUGAGGAUGAAGAGGAGCAGCCUCGUGCCGAAUACGAGAACAAAUUGCUAGCCAAAGGUGAGCGGUAUAGAAGAACCAACCCAAUCACAGAUACCGAAGAGCCCUUUAUAAGGGGAAGAGAAAAAACACCGAAAUUUGUUUGUUCUUUCUUCACUGUCAUUUUUAUGGUUUCCCUGGUUGUAGCAGCUAUGCUUGGUGUUAUUAUGUACCGUGUCGCUGUAACCAUCACCCUUGCAAAGUCUCAAGAUUUUGACAUCAGUUGGAUUAGUUUGUUUGCAUCGUUCACCGCUGCCACAGUCAACUUGAUUUGCAUUAUGAUUCUUAACAAGUUAUAUGAAAGAAUUGCAUUCUAUUUAACCAAAUGGGAGUUGCCAAGGACCCAGACCAAUUUUGAUGACGCUUACACUUUCAAGAUGUAUCUGUUCCAGUUUGUCAAUUUUUAUGGCUCGCUGUUUUACAUUGCAUUUUUCAAACUAGAUCCUGGUCGCCCUGGUCAAUAUAACAAAAUAUUUGGGUUCAGGAGAGAGGAAUGUAACCCUGCUGGCUGUCUUUUUGAACUUGGCGUCCAGCUCUUUGUUAUCAUGGUUGGUAAGCAGGUCUUCAACACGUGUAUCGAAGUGGUUAUCCCGAAACUCAAAAAUUGGUGGAGGAAACGGAAAACAUUAACCGAUGAUGAGAUAGCAAACAUAGCCCGAUGGGAUAGAGACUACAAGUUAACAGAAGUUUCACAACAGGGGCUGUUUGAUGAAUACCUUGAAAUGGUUAUCCAGUUUGGAUUCAUUACAAUAUUUGUAGCAGCCUUUCCGCUUGGGCCGUUUUUUGCCCUUAUAAAUAACAUGAUAGAGAUCCGAGUGGAUGCGUACAAAUUUGUAGUGUUGUAUCGUCGACCGUUGGCCCAGAAGGUCCAAGAUAUUGGCAUAUGGUACCCGAUCCUCGAGUCUGUUGUCAAACUCUCGGUUGUCAUAAAUGCUUUUGUGAUUGCUUUUGUAUCGGAGUUCGUGCAAAGACUCUACUACCGAUUCGCUGUGCAAGCAAAUGGAACGCUGGAAGGUUUUAUUGCAGACAGCUUGUCAUGCUUCGAUAUGAGAGAUUUUCCACUUGAAGAAAGGCCAGUGAUGAACUUGACAAACAGAAUGGGACAAUGCGAACUUGGAAACCCAUACUGCAGGUAUCGUGGAUAUUAUGAAUCACCUUAUAUGAAUUUCAACGGCACUACGGUGCGCAAUCCACAUGCGUAUCACUUGAAAACUGAGCACUGGCAUAUCGUCGCUGGCAAGUUGUUCUUUGUUGUUGUUUUUGAGCAUCUGGUGUUCUUUCUUACUGGUCUUCUCGCCUGGGUCAUUCCUGAUGUGCCCAAACAUCUUGACAACCAAGUCAAAAAAGAGGCCUUCCUUGCUAAGAAAGCGCUGAUAUCUGAAGACAUUGUCUCUACGCAAAGCGAAAUGGAUAUGCUUUAAACGCAAAAAGAAGUUUAUUGGAUCGAAAGAUACUGGUAUUGAGAUUUAAGCUUGAGUACUGGUACACUAGUAUGAGUACUGUCGUAUGGAUCAUGUAAUUUAAUAAGUGACAUUUUGGGUAUUUGUACUUUUGUAUUAUUUGUGAAAUAACAUGCUUGUGUCAAUGACGAAUCUCUAUAAUUAUGCGAUUUUGAUGGGUAUAGCCUUUAAAGGCAAUGUGUCCCGACGAAUUUCGCUGCCCAUCUAAUUUUCUCAUUGGUUGGACUACACAAUAGACCUAUUGUUAAGUAUCCAAUCGUCAAUGUAAGAGUAAUUCACACUGUUUUCUCGAUUAUAAACGCGCUGCAGAGUCUAUUUUUAUCUCCGAACAGUUGACUGACGGGACAUAGUGUUUUUAAGAUGAUUUAGGGAAGAGCUGCCUUUCACAUGAUUGCUGCAAUUUGAUUAAAUUAAGUUAGGGUUUAAUCAAACCCAACGAAUUUAAUGCAAGGCUGUUUAAAAAUAGCGGUUUCUGGGAAUAUGAUCUUCAAGUUUAAACAAUCUUUUGGUGGUACAAAAUUUGAAAAUGGCUUUGAAAAAAGCAAACAUUGGAGUAAACUCAAGCUUUUCGUCUGACACUCUUCAGAGUUUAAAACGUCAGAACAUAGACCGAAAACUCUACGCUAGGAAAUAUAUCAUUUCAAUCCUUGGCCAAUAUCUGGGUACAUAUAUUUCCUAGCGUAGAGUUGGUCUAUGUUCUGACGUUUUAAUCUCUGAAAAGUGUCAGACAAAAACUUUAGUUCACCCAAAUAUUUGCUUUUUUCAAAGCCAUUUUCAACUUUAAGUUUUUGAAGCUAUGAGAGAUCUCUCAUCGAAGUUUUAGCUAUUGCGUUGUUUGACUCGAGCGAACAACACACAAGAUACAUGAGCAGCUACAUGCAAGUAAUCAUGAUCGACCCUCAUUGGUUGUCUAUUUUGAGCCUGCCCAGACUCAUGGCUUAAAACAUAUUUAUAUCCGUCUUGUAUCUUCCAGAGAGAUGUAAUAAUGUGAGUAUGUUACAUACAAUAGUGUGAGUAUGUUAAUAGAAGCGUAAAGGUGAAAACGAUUGAAGUGAAAGGGAUUCAAGAAAAGGGGUGGAUAGUAAGAAGAAGGUACGAAAUGGAUUGUUGGCAGUUACUCUUUUAUGUAUAAGCAUUGUCCAGACUCCCGGUGGCAGUGGAGCCAUGCGCUUUAGAAUUGAUUCGCAUACUUACGAUUCACCCUUGGUCUAGCAGACCAUUUAAGCCCACAUACGAUUGAAAUAUGAAUUUAAUUGUUGUAUUAUGAUGUUUCUUUGCAUAUUAA